AUGUUCAUAAUCCUAUUUUUGUGCUUCACUGUUCUUUUCAUGUUGUUCUAUCCAGAUUAUAAAGUACACCAAUUGAGUUCAUAUAGUCGUGAAACUUCGCUUCCAAUCACCAAAAACAGGCGCUUCUUGGAAGCAGCCGACGAAUGGAAACAGUGCUUUCAGGAGAAACUGAAAAGGAGCAGAACCGAUCCAAAAGAGAUGUGGUACUGGGUGAAACGUGUGAUUAAUCAAUGUAGAAAUGAAACUGCAUUUUCGAAAAUCGAAUUGACUGGUGUAAAGAACAAAGAUGAGAUGAAAUAUCAUGUGUACAGUCCAUCUCAGGAACCAAGUGUAGUAGUAACUCUUGGCAUUGGUUUGGAUGUGAAAGCAGAAACAACACUCAAGGAAACACUUCCGACGAAUUCCCGAUUCUAUGCCGCCGAUCCAAUAUACACUGGAAACGGAGAACUUUACGAACCUGUUGGGUCGUAUUUCCCAUUUGCUGUGGGAAAAGAAACUGAUGUCUCGACAGCGUUGGUGCUUAAGAACCGGAAAUAUAUAAAUCAAGUGAUGCCCCACAUUGACAUCAUCACUUUCUUCAAAAAAUUCGUAAAGGAAUCCACGAUAGAUCAAUUUUUGAUGGACAAUGAGGGACCCGAAUACGAUAUCCUUCCGAUGAUGGCUCGCGGAGCAGAAUUCGAUCAAAAUGGGAUAGUAGUGUGUCAAAUGAACACAGAGGUUCAUCAAGCUGACGAUGAACGGAAAGCAAAAUUUUUAAGCAUAAUGAAUACGAUCAUUGAAGAUGGGAGAUAUGCAUUUAUGGUUGCUUAUGCUACAGUACAUCAUCGAUUUUAUGUGAUUAAUAUGGAACAUCCAUUUUGUGUUGAUAAGUAUUUUUCUAGGUUUUUUGAAUAGUUUAUUUCAUUUUUUUUCCAAUUUUCUUUUUGAUUUUUUCCACAUCAUCCUUUUCCCAUUUAUAUUCAAAUCAGACUCUUGUCAAUACUGAUCACAAUAGAAAACACCACUAUCUCUGUUUUUUGUAAAAUAAAUAUAAAAUUCU